AUGAUUUCGAAGGUUGUCUUUUCUAUUCUUUUGGCUAUUGUGGCGGUUCAGGCGAAACCUGGAGGCAGAAGAUCUCCACCAUGCGGAAUCCCACCAUUCUUGGAUUCACUUCCAGAAGAUGCUCAAGAGAAGAUCAAUGAUAUCUGGAAGGAUUACAAAGAGGGAGAUAAGUGUUACGAGGAGCAAGGAUUGACUCGUGAAGUGAUUGAUGCCCUCCCAAAAGAAGCCAGAAAGAACCUUCACAAGAGACCAACUCUUCCAUUCUUGAAAGGAGUUCCAAAGGAGACACUCGCUAAAUUCGAGGAGAUUUUCAAGGAUAAGUCAAUCAAAUGGAGUGAGAAACCAGAGAAGAUCGAAGCACUUGCUGAGAAGGAACUCACUGGAGAUAACCUGAAGAAGUUCAAGGAAUUCAAGGAGAAGAAGGAGAAGGAAGAUAAGGAGUACAAGGAGAAGGAAACCAAGUUGUCAGAGGAAGCGAAGAAAGCUCAUGAGAAGAUCGAGGCAUUGAACAAGCAAAAGUUCGAGAUUCUCGGAGAUUUGAGUGAGAAGGCGAAGGAAGAACUCUUCGAUUUGUGGAGAAGUCGUCCACAUUUCAGAGGAGGACGUCAUGGAGGAAAACACUAG